AUGAACGAAAUCGGUAGCAUCGUCAGUCCGGAAUGGCUACUCUCGACAAACGACGAAGCUGACGACGGGCUGGAUAAGCUCAUAUCCGAGCUCCCCGCGACGUUCUUUUCCGAAAUGCAACCCCCAGGUCAACACGAGGGUCAACCGUCGGCCCUCUCGCGAGUUGACUCUAAAGUUGAACCCCGCCCUCACACGAGUUCCGAAUUUCGUGAGCACGGGAACUUCGGCACAGCGUCCAUGGCCGAGCUACAGCGGUUACUCGAUAAGAAUGUCAACAGUAACACGAAGAGGUCCACGAAUACCUGGGCUAAUCGACUGUUGAAAUGGAAGGCGGAGCGAGGAAUUCAAGCUGAGCUAAUGCAGCUGGACCAACAGCGGUUAGACGAAAUACUGCAGCAAUUCUACGCCGAAGUUAGAAAAGAGGAUGGAACCGACUACGAACCGGACAGUCUGCAGACAAUGCUCGCAGCUCUUGACCGUUAUUUUAAAACGAAUGAACCAUUCCAAAAUCUACCAAGAUGUUGA